AUGUCUAGAAGACCGCCUAAUCCCGCCGCCGAGAGAGCGGCCCAAAACCAGCAGACCAUCAAGAGUCUCUUGAAAUUGGAGUGCAAUAAAGUAUGCUCCGACUGCAAAAAGAACAAGCACCCGCGAUGGGCCAGUUGGAACCUGGGCGUCUUUAUCUGCAUCCGGUGUUCGGGCAUUCACCGCGGCAUGGGUACGCACAUCAGCAGAGUCAAGUCUGUUGAUCUCGAUUCCUGGACAGAUGAACAACUUCGAAGCAUCCUUAGCUGGGGCAAUGCGCGCGCGAACAAAUAUUGGGAGGCUAAGCUGGCACCCGGCCACGUCCCCUCCGAAUCGAAGAUUGAGAACUUUAUCCGCACCAAAUACGAGCUCAAGAGAUGGACGAUGGACGGCCCCAUUCCAGACCCCGCCAGCCUUGACGUAGACGGCGAUGACGAUGUGCCCUUGAGCCUAGUCAAGGAGAAGCAGAAUGUCGAGCGCAGAGAAUCAGUCCGCAAGAGUUCGGUCGGGAAGUCGGCGGCGCCCCCAAGAAAUGUCGCUGCCCCGCAGCCGCAAAUCGAUCUUAUCGGUGGCGAUGAUCCCAUCCCCAGAGCAAGCACAGCCGGACCACAGCCCGGUAAGGUGCCCCCGAAAUCCGAUCCCGCUCCCCCCAAGGCCACGAGCACCAAGGAUUCCCUCUUGGGCUUGGACUUCUUCGGCGAGCCCGCUGCUCCCCCUCGUCCCGCCAGCACCAGCAACACCGGUGGAAUGGGAGGAACCUCAAGACCAGACCUCAAACAAUCCAUCUUGUCCCUUUACGCCUCCGCCCCGCGACCGCAACCCCACCAGCAGCAACAAGCGCCCCAGGCCCAAAGCGGCGCAUUCGGCGGUAUGCCCUCGCCUACCUUUGGGCAUCAGCAGCAGCAGUCCUUUGGCGGCAUGAACGACGCCUUCAGCAGCCUCAGCUUCUCCAACACCAGCAGCCCCAAGCCGGUCCAGGCAGACCCAUUCGCAAGUCUGUCCAGCCCUGUCAGCAGCAGCAGAUCACCACCGCCCGCAUCAUCAUCAAGUGCUUUUGGCGGUCUCACCGGCGGAAGCUUCUUCGACUCCAAGCCCGCGGCGGCACCCGCGCCCGCUGCGCACCAGAAGCAGCCGUCCAACAGCGGCUUCGGUGGAUUUGGCUGGUCCAGCUCCCCGGCGCCGGCCGCAGCUCAGCCUAAACCCGCUCAGCCGACGUCUUCCAUGGGAGACCUGUUCGACCUGUCCGCUCCCUCUCAACCCGCCGCUGCCCCCAGCAAACCCUCUCCCGCUCCCGCGUCCAGCUCAGUUUUCAACCUCUCUCAACCCAAGGCACCUUCUCCCGCACCCACCCCUGCCGCCGCCGCCCCCAGCACAAUCAGCUCAGGAAACUGGUCAGGCUCUGACGUCUGGGGCUCCAACGCCUGGAGCACGCCCGACACGAACACGACGGCUGCGGCGCCAGCCGCGCCCAAGCCUGCGGAAGCGCCGAAGCCUGCGCUCGGAGGCGCAGGUGACUUUGGCGGAUGGGGCUCCUCCGGUUUGUCCACUGGGUCAUUCGCUAAUACACCGAUUGUUCCCGGAGCGUCCGGCGGCUUCAGCGCCGCACCCAAGGUUGCGGCGGACGAGGAGUUUGGUGGAUGGACAAGCAGCACCGAGCCGGCGGCUGGCUCCGGUUCAGCAAAGCCUGUUGGAGGCGGCAGUGAGGACCUCUUCUCAAAUGUUUGGCAGUAA